AUGCCGGAAAUCGAAGCCCGUGAUCUCCACAACAUUUGGUUCCAACAAGACAGCACUGCUUAUCAUAGAGCCCGUCGUCGUUUCGUUGCAUCUCGUGACUCCCCCGGUAGUGGCAGCAGCAGUAACAGCAACACCGGCGCCGGCAAUAGCGCUGGCAGCAGCAGUGGGAGUGGUGGUCAAAGCAAAUAUCCGGUGAUGGUAUUUGUUCAUGGGGAAUCGUACGAAUGGAAUAGCGGUAAUCCGUACGAUGGUUCGGUGUUGGCAAGCUUCGGGCAAAUACUUGUAGUUACAAUAAACUAUCGGCUGGGCAUAUUGGGCUUCCUAAACGCAAACACCGAUCGCUACUCAAAACUGCCAGCCAACUAUGGCCUAAUGGAUAUUAUUGCUGCGCUGCACUGGCUAAAGGAGAAUAUCGCUGCCUUCGGUGGUGAUCCGCAAAGUAUUACACUAGCCGGUCAUGGCACGGGAGCAGCGUGUGUGCAUUUUCUUAUUUCAUCGCUGGCCGUGCCGGAAGGCCUGCUCUUCAACCGCGCCAUACUCAUGUCCGGCUCCGGAUUGGCGCCUUGGUCUCUAGUCAGCAAUCCCGCCAAGUAUGCAGCCAUCGUUGCGCAUCAUGUGAAUUGUGCGCCCGACUUGCCGCAUGCACAUCUCAUGAAAUGUCUGCGCGACAAGACGCUGGAGCAGCUGCUGGGUGUGCCCAUACGUCAGCCAGAUUUCGGUUUCGCCUUUGGGCCAAGCAUUGAUGGCGUAGUAAUUGAUGGUGGCGACUAUGUGCCGCCAGCACCUGGCUCAGCAGCUGCACAAGCCCAAGCCUCUACAGCUGCGGUCGGUAGCCUGGGUGGCGGUGCAGGCAUUGCAGCAGCGGGUGGCUGGGGUACACCAGGCCAAUUGGAGAAUAUCGUAUUAAUGAGGAAAACAGCCAUUAACAAGUUGUCAAGAUAUGACCUGUUGGCCGGUGUCACACGUGCCGAAGCAUUUUUCUCCUUCAAUUCCGGCGAUGUACAGUAUGGCAUUGAGGCGGAUCGUCGUUCGAAAAUACUAAAAGCCUAUGUACGAAAUACAUACACGUAUCAUCUCAACGAAAUAUUCGCGACGAUUGUUAAUGAGUACACGGAUUGGGAGCGACCCGUACAGCAUCCAAUUAAUAUACGUGAUGAAACCCUUGAGGCGCUUAGUGAUGCUCAGGUCGUGGCACCGGCUGCUCAAACUGUCGACCUACACUCAGCGGAUCAUCGCAAUUCAUAUUUGUACGUAUUUGACUAUCAGACAAGAUAUGGAGAUUAUCCGCAGCGCCAAGGCUGUAUACAUGGCGAGGAUCUACCUUACAUCUUCGGUGCUCCACUGGUUGGUGGCUUUAGUCAUUUUACACGCAAUUAUACAAAAACGGAGAUUAAUCUUUCGGAAAUCGUCAUGCUUUACUGGUCCAAUUUCGUGCGUACUGGUAAUCCGAAUGAGCAGAUGGAAGGCGAUCACCCUAAUAGUCGACAAGAGCGCAGCCGCUACAAAACGAUCGAGUGGACAGCUUAUGAAAGUGUGCACAAAAAAUAUCUCAAUUUUGACACAAAACCGAAACUCAAGAAUCACUAUCGCGCUCACCGCUUAUCCUUCUGGUUAAAUCUCAUCCCCGACCUGCACAAGCCAGGUGGCGAUAACGUGCCCGCCGCCCAUCAUCAGCUACUCGACGAUUCGGAUGAUGAAGUGGACAAUAAUAUUGCCAGUGACGGAACCAUUAAACCACUUAAUCCACCCUAUUCACCGCAUGCAGGCAGCGCAGCGCUUGGUAAUUUUACAUUAUUUACUAAUCAAGUAUUCUCGCUGCUCAAUCUCUCGUCGCCCUCUUCAGCACGCAACGCCUCGCGUUAUGGCGGAAAAAUAUACCCCGGCGAUGAGGGUAGCGAAGCGCAUGCCGCCGGCAGUGGAGCGCCACCUGACACGCAGGAUGGCUUUGCCGCAUACUCAACAGCAUUGAGUGUCACAAUAGCCAUUGGCUGUUCACUGCUGAUAUUGAAUGUACUCAUAUUCGCUGGUGUUUACUAUCAACGCGACAAGACGCGACUCAGUGAACCGCGCGCGCAAACAAAACUCAAACGGCAGGAAAAUGGGCAAAUGCCAAAUAAUAUUUGCGGUGAUCUAGAGACGUUAACGAUACACACGAAAAGUGAUCCGGCGACGAUACUCUCGCAUCAUCAUGCACUACAACAUCAACACCAGCUGCCGCCACCUGAAUUUGCGGAUAUACCGCAUCGCGCACCGCCACCACCGAAACAUUUAAAGUCGAUGCAAGAGGCGAGUGGCAGCUUGAAUGUGGGUGGGGCGCUUAAUGUGGCGGGGAUGGGUCUCAUGCCGCCUCCACAUGCGCUUCAAGUGAUGGGCAAUCAAUGUGGCACACUAACAAAAAAGAGUUGUAUGAAACAAACGCAGCAACAACAACAACAGCAGCAGCAUCAACAGCAACAGCAACAACUAGUCGUAACGCACCAACAGCAUUUGCAGAAUCAUCAUAAUCAGAGUAUGACGACGGCGUUAAUGGGUGGUGGUAGUGGUGGUGGUGGUCCACCGCCCCCGUCAGUAUCCAACGCACAGGCACAUCAACAUGCCCAUGCCCAACAACAGCACCAUCAACAGCAACAGCAACAACAACAAGUACAGCUGCAACAAACACAGCAACAUCCGCUAAUGGAUGAAUUGCGAGUGUGACAUUAAUUGACAGUGCGUUUCAAAUGUGAUCUCUAGCGGUGAUGAAAUGAUUGUGAUUGUGAUGUGAAGUGAAGUGGAAACGGAUUACACACAAAUGGCACAUGCUUGUCUGAUAUUCGACUACGUAUGUAAGUGUGAAUGUGUGUGUGACUGUUGCAUGAAUGUGUUUAAUUGAAUGUGAAUAGUUUCCAUUGUUUCGGCGCAAGCGACACGACGGCCUUGGUUUUUCAUGGAUGUUACGUAUACGCCAUGCAGAACCCGGCGCUUUAUACAAAUAAACUACUAAACUGUGCGUAGUCAUUUCAUUUUGUGAAUGUGCGAAAGCAAUGUGUGUUUGCACCAAACCACAGCGAGAUUACAUUACGUAGACGCAUUAUUGUUAAUUAUAUAGGUACUCAAAGGAAGUAGAUACUAAAUUUGGAAAAACAAAAAUUGAGUAAUUAUGUAGAAGGCAAAAUAGAUACGAGUAUAAAUAAUAUUUAAUGGAAGAGUGCAUAGCAAC